AUGGUUGUGAACGAGCGACCACCGAAACGGAUGAAGAGGCGAAUAACAGCAGAUCUCAACGACUUCUUCACCUUCCCGUCGGAGUCGGCGUCGGCCAACCAUGUGGGGCCCUUCAGGACCUGCGUUAGGGAUUUCAUCUCUAAGCACGCGCUGCUUCCUCCGCCCUCCUCCCUCUUCCCUCACCUGAUGACAUGGCAGGUCCUCUUCAGGGUCGGGGAUCUCCAUGAUCCGCAUGCAUCUUCUUCUUCGUCCACCGACGCUGCCGUCGUCUGUCUGGACGUCGUAGAGGAGGACGUGGCCAGAUCUAGAUCCGUCUAUUGUGAUCACUGUCGAGUUGUUGGAUGGAGUGGUCACCCAGUUUGCUGGAAACGUUAUCAUUUUAUUAUUAAGGCUGAUGGUAAUUCCAUUGGCGGGUAUCACAAGCCUUGUAUGUGCUGUGGAGAUGUUGUGCAUAUCUACGAAUCCAAGUGUAAAUCUUGCAAUCUUGAUGCAAGUACAAAUGAUGUUGAAGACUGGGUGUAUAACCAGUUGGAGAACACAACUCAUCUUCUCCAUGGAGUAGUCCAUUCAAAUGGGUUUGGACACCUUCUUAGGGUAAAUGGGAGGGAAGGUGGCUCAAGGGUUCUUUCUGGAUGUCAUAUCAUGGACUUUUGGGAUCGGCUCUGUAAAGCACUUCGAGUCAGAAUGGUAAGUGUGAUGGAUGUGUCAAAGAAGUACGGAUUGGAAUAUCGACUACUUCAUUCAAUUAUUAAAGGGCAUCCCUGGUACGGUGAUUGGGGUUAUGAAUUUGCUGCUGGUAGUUUUGCUCUGACUCGUGAUUCCUAUAAAUUGGCCAUUGAAACACUCUCUAGCUUACCCUUGUCCAUCUUUCUUAGCCAAGGUCGAAAACUUGGUUCUCGCAUCCAUGACAUCAUCUUGCGUUACAAGUCUCUAUCGGAACAUGAGCUUGAAAAUAUGAGGGAUCUUUUUGGUGUCCUUAUUAGUUUGGUCCAUGAUGCUCACAAGUGUUCCUCAAGGGUUGAUGAUGCCGUGAGCAAGAAGCGACGUGCGUCCACCUCAGAAGUUUUGUGUACAUGGAAUAGUGACAUUGAAUGUGUUGAAGAGGCCAUGCUUAAAGUGCUGCGUGCAGUUUCUGGUUCAAAUUGGGUAAGUGGGCGCAAUCUUAAGGGUGCUGUGUACAAGGUGGCACCACCAGAACUCCUUGAUUAUUGUCUUAGGGAACUUGGAGGGAAAAUGGUAGCGGAUGGGAUGGUUGUUUGUUCCAGAUACAAUCCUGAUACGGAGGCUUUCGAGUACAGACUUGAGGCUGGAAGUGCCUCAUCAAAGGGAAGCACCGCUUGCACUGGUUCUUCCAUCUCUAGCCGCCUAUCAGAAGAAACAAUCCUGCUUGACAUGCGCUGCUUAUAUGAGGCCAUGCUCCAACCCCAAACUAUGAUGAAGAAUGUGCCUCAGGUAACAAGGGAUCUCACAAUCAGCUCAGCUGAAAAGCUACUUUACUGCAAGCAGUUUGUGAAAGACUACAAGCCUGAAAAGAUGUCCACUAAUGACCCAUCUGUGACAUGUGUCUUGUGUAGAGUGGAAUUUACGGAUGAAUCUGAAGAAUAUGCCUCCAUUAAUCCUCCUCCAGAGCUGAUUGUGUUAUCUAAUGCUACUGUAUCUGAUCUCAAGAUAGCAGCAUCAAAAGCUUUCCAAGAUGUAUAUUUGAUAUUAAAAAGAUUUAAAGCCGAAGAGUUGCUUGAUUAUGGCGGUGUUGAUGAAUCCACCCAGAUCAAGCACUUGUUAGGGUCAACAGAAUAUGUUCGAGUGAGAGGGAGGUGCAAUGCAAAGAGUGUGUGGAGUAAGUAUAUGAUGGAGAGGGGGAUUGAGAGGUGGACAGUGGAUUGCAGCUGUGGGGCUAAGGAUGAUGAUGGAGAGAGAAUGUUCACUUGUGAUGUUUGUGGCGUGUGGCGGCACACUAAAUGUUCUGGAAUCCCUGACUCUGAUUCAGUUCCUGCAAAAUUUGUUUGCGAUAGAUGCAAAAGCUCCAUCUUUGUAGCAAAAUCUGGCGGGCCCUGCAAGGACGAGAUAGUAGCUAAUGUUGCUGGAGAUAGCUGCAGCCGUGCUGGAAAUAGUUUGACCGGCCCUCCUGAUGUUAGAUGA